GUGUUUCUGGCCUUCUUGGGCUAGACACUGGUGUUGUUAAUUCAAUUAGUUCUCCUGUUGCUAGGGUUGUUGUGGGUAUUGUGGUUGCUGGGAUUGCUGAGGUUGCUGCUUUGGAGGUUGCUAGGAUUGCUGCUUUAAAGGUUGCUAGGGUUGCUGCGGUAGUGGUUGUGGGCCUCUUCAAUGCAUCUUGUGGACUUGAAA